AUGGCCUCCCUAGACCUAAGCAAGCUCACCGCCUUCCUGGCAAACGGAUCGAGCCCCAGGGAACCAACGGCAAUUGACAUCCACUACCUUAAAGGAUUCAAAUGGAACACGAUUGUAAGCUAUAAUGCCGCGGUGAAGAAAUUCAUGAAGCACAGAACGGAAACAAACAGGCUACCUUUUGUGUUACCCGCCUCAGCGGACGACAUAUACCAAUUUUUCUUUUGGGCCGGAAGGAACGAAGAGCAACAGACCACGCAAGAGAUAAAAGCGACCACAGUAGAAAAGUACCUAUACGGUAUCCAGGCGUGGCAUGAGUACCAUUCGCAGCCGUACCCCAAAGAGUCCAAAUCGAAAGUGUCAACGUUACUCAAAUCCUCAGCGAAGAUAGACGCGCAAGUACCGGACAAGCCCAAGAAAGCGGCAGUGCAGAUCCGACAUCUGAUAUUCCUCAACAAACACCUAGAAGGGAAAGGGCCGCAAGCAGAAGCCAUCCGUGAUCUGGCACUGACGGCGUUCUGGGGAAUGGCUAGACUGGCAGAACUAACCUACCCAACGGAAUCGGGCCAAAUUUCAAAGGCAAGGUCCUUGUUGACCUCGGACAUACAAUUUGAACACUCAAGCCAAGGCGAAGUGGCAACCCUGGUCUUAAGAAACGCAAAAACCUGCGCGCCAGGAGAAACACAGACCAUCCAGCUUCGGAGCCUCAAUAACCCCCUCUGCCCAGUGAGGGCCAUACGCCGCAGACUGGACGAGUGCCUCCAAAAAGAAACCUCGCUCUUCGGGUUCUACAUGGAGGGGAAAAGGUACCACCUCACCCGUAACAUGGUCGUAACGGCGGUCCGAGACGCCUGGAAGGAAGGGAAAUUCCAGGGAUUGUCAGGACACUCAUUUAGAGUGGGUGGAGCUUCUCUCAGAUUUGCGAUGGGGGUCCCGACCGAGGAGAUAUGCCAGCUGGGACGCUGGGUAUCAGAUUGCUAUAAACUCUACAUUCGACAAUAUUCCGCGGCCGAGAAAGCAGAGGCGAAGAAGAUGUUACGCCAGAUUUGA